AAUCCCCUCGGCCAUGAUCGGGAUCCUCUGUGUCGUGCUGGCGUUGGCCUCCGAGGCCUUGGCUUGUGGGAAUCCCGCCUACAAGCCCAACGUAUCCAGAGUCGUCGGAGGGGAGAACGCGAGAAAAAACAGCUGGCCCUGGCAGGCCUCCCUCCAGUACCUGUCCAGUGGGAAAUGGCGCCACACCUGCGGUGGAUUCCUCAUCACAAAGGACUGGGUCAUGACAGCAGCUCACUGCAUCAGUUCAUCCCGAACCUAUCGUGUCUACCUUGGAAAAUACAACCUCGCGGCCACCGAAUCCGGAUCAGUUGCUGUUUCCCCGAAAAAGAUCAUUGUUCACCCCAAAUGGGACUCCAGCAAAGUUUCGAACGGGAAUGACAUCGCCCUGAUCAAGCUGGCAGAAUCCGUCCCCCUGAGCGACCAGGUCCAGCCAGCGUGCCUCCCGAAGGCAAACAGCAUCCUGCCCGGCAAUUCCGUUUGUUACGUGACUGGGUGGGGCCGUCUCAUAACGAACGGGCCCUCGCCGGACCUCCUGCAGCAGGGGCGGCUCCUGGUGGUGGACCAUGCCACCUGCUCCAGCCCCAGCUGGUGGGGCAGCACCGUCAAGGCCACCAUGGUCUGCGCGGGUGGCGAUGGCGUGAUCUCCAGCUGCAACGGUGACUCCGGCGGUCCCCUCAACUGCCAGGCCUCCAGCGGGACGUGGGAGGUGCACGGCAUCGUCAGCUUCGGCUCUUCCCUCGGCUGCAACUACUACCGCAAGCCCUCCGUGUUCACCCGGGUCUCCGCUUUCAACAGCUGGAUCGAUGAGGUGAUGGCCUCCAAUUAGCCCCAGGAGCGCCGGGACAGACGCACGACCUGCCAGGGAUGAGAUCUGAGGGUUCCAAGCGUUUGCGGAAUAAAACCGAUCGUGAACAUAAAGCAACUGAUGGUCUCCGGUCUUGAGACUAACGUUGGGGGCU